UAUUGAACAACAGAAUUACGAACGUCCGACGCAAACGUUUACAACAUAUUGAACCCUCGCUUCGAGCUCCAACACGACUCCUCAGCUUUUUGUUAUUGCUGUGAUCGCUACUUAUCACCUCUUAGUAAGUAACCAUGGGAUGCAUAACUCUGCCAAUUAUGAAAUCUGUUUAUUUUCAUUGAUCGGAUAGUUUGUUUUGCUCUGGAACUACCUCACUUCCUCUUUCCCUCUUUUAGUGGAAAACUCUGCAACAUUUCAAUUAAGUUACAAUACGAAGAAAGUACGUUUUUCUAGUCGUAUUUUACAAACUUUUCUACGUGUGCUAGAUCUUAAGAAAUAACUCCUCCACCCUUAAAAUCUCUCGGCAAAUUGUGCACUUUGUGGAUUAAAUCUAUGAUAGCACCUCGUUUCACACUUGCAUUAAAAACAAAGGACAAAGUGAGAGUUUCUACGAUAUCAGCCAUACUACGAUUUGAACGGCAUUCCAAAACGAGGAGAGUUUUACUAUUGCUCACUCAAAUAUAUUAUUUUGGUAAGGUGCAACAAAAUGAGCUUCCGAAUCUCCACUUCAAGGUUGUUCCUAUGUUGACUUUCUUUAAUCAGUUAAAAUGUUUCCACUCAUUUACAAAUUUAUAAAUUAAAUGAUUAAAUGACACCUCAACAUUCCUACUAGGGAAAACAUGAAUUAUCUCAACUCAGACAAUUCGCCACAAAUUUCCUAAGGGAUAGAUAAUUCUAGCGUCAUAUUUGUCCCCAACCAAACAGACCGGACAAGUGCUUUGGCAAACGAUCGACAAAGCGACCACAAAACUCCCUUAGAAGACCUUUAUUCUUAAAAACACGAGAAAACGGCUCUCUUAUCUUAUACUUCCACGGGCAGUUCCAAUUUUUCCUUUCAAUAAUUUCGAGUAUUAAAGAAUUCAGUUCUUUCUCUCAAUGCCACGUGUUCAAGCAAUAAAAAUCCUUAGUUCAAAAUCAUUGAAAAGGGGAAGGAAAAAAUGAUGAAAGUUAACGUUUAUUUUGCUACAAAUCCCACCAUUGCCAUGUAAAAGGUUAACUUCUUUCAAGACACAAUAGCCUGAGUUAAUGAUCUCCUGUAUAUUUUCAGUCAAAAUCAGUUACUUAAUAUGCUGCGUAAAUUUGUCAUUUACUAUGUAACAUGCUAACUGGUCAACGAGUUCCCAUUUGAAUGCCCUUAAACUGAUGUUAGACCUUGAUACCUGUUUUAUGCCAAUUUCAAAGUAUUGAUAAGGCGCAGAUAGGUGGAACCUAGCGAUAGGAUGUUGCACGCUAAGGGGAAGGCACCGGGGACUUUGUCCCUAAAGUUCUUCUUUGAUCCUUGUUCUCUGCCACAGGUCUGUUUAAUAUAGCUACAAUCCCUUUUCUUUAAUCACUAUAUGGUAGACUCUGAAUCUCAUCAUUUCUACCUCACUCUAACUCUGAUUCUUACUAAGUACUAACUUGAAAACCAACUGACCGUAUCACAAUCCUGACCUACUUUCACUAGAAUUUUACGAAUGAACAAUAACAUACCUGACGUUUCUGAUCAAACAAACAAUCUUUGGCUGCAAAAGCCGAAAAAAAGAAGAACUAUAAUAGUGUAGGUCUCGGGCAAGAACAGAAGACCAACUAAGCCCUUCCACUAGCCUAGUUAGUUAACAUAAGGGAUCUCAUCGUAAUAGCUAAAACCCAAUUCAAUAUAACUUCAGACUUCGAAUUCAAUCUUACCUAGAAAUAAAUGAAUCACUGAAUCAUACUGCCCUAUAAUUCGCUGACUCUAAGACAGUAAUGAAGUAAACUACUAUCUAAGCUCUUUACUGAACAGUUCUUAAUUCAUUUUAGUUCAUUUAGAUCCUGCAUAAGACGACCGGACCAAGAAAAAUGAAAACAACCGUUUGGUGUUUAGUAGUUGCUAUCUCAGUGUCAGCAGUUACCGUGGCCUCGAAAAGUAACUCCACCGGUAGAUACAAACAAUCUAUAUGUCUCUUAAUUGAUUACAUGCGUGAGUCUACGGUAUCUAUUCGUUGCGCCAGGUCUGUCGUGGGAGUUGUAUCAGUAUUCGUUUCCCGUGUCCUCCAUCUAAUUUAGUCUUUCAUGUAGUUGUUUCUGCGAAGAAAAAGAGACGUCUAGACUUGUUUUUUCGUCGCAUAAAUUGACUUUUUGUGGCCUGAUUUUUUAAAGAUUCGUCUUUCAAGAAGUGUGUUCUGGUCGUGGUUACGCACUGUCCCUUGACUUAAGUCACGGUCGUGGGAGUUGAUUAUGCGUUGCGUUUUAAAUGAAAAAAAAUAAUUGUCGAACUUGUUGUCCUAAUUUACACUUUAUGUCUGGUCGUUGCAAAAUUCAUCUAGUAUGACCAAGUGGUCUUUAAAAGGAAGUUUGCAAUCUUCUUUGACUUCUAUCAGUUCUCCAAGGAAAUUAAACCUACACCAACUAACAGAAGACAAGCUAUCAGCGCUCUGAUAUGACUUUUUCACAGCAUUACCAGAUUUAAGAGGCCGAUCAAAACGAGCUACCUUAACCAGCAAUUCUAAAACCAAUCAAUAGCAGCGAACCAAAGCUACAGUAAAAUCCCGCAUAUAAGAACCUAACCUCCGUACGUUCUUAAAUAAAUGGUUUUUACACUGAAAUUAGACUACUUAGCUUCUAAGUCAGGCUCUUAAUAUUUGUUUAAAAAAGGGAAUCCUCUCUUCGUGGUGUGAGUGUGACACUGCGCUGUAUUCCAGCCUCAUAUUACCCUGCUUUACAAGGUUAAUUUGUACACACAGUCGGAUAUGUUGCACAGCUAUGGAUGUAUUGACAGCACAGUAUUGUGGUCUUAUAACACUGCCGGUGUUCAGGCUAUUUCUGAAAUGGUUCUUCUGUGAUGGGUGGUUAGUUAAAACAUUUUGGCCAAACAAUUUCUUAAAUUUUAGGUUGUUAUACAUGGGUUUUUCACUGUAGUUAAGUCUUCCCACAAAAAGCAUCUGGAUAAAAUUAACCAAUUAGUUUCACAAUACCAGAAUAAGACCCGACUGACAGACAAGGUACCCCUCGUCUCUGAUGGUAAUACCACUCAGUUGUCAUAACUUUAGAUCACUACAUAAUCGGUUAAAUUAAUUCUAAUUAAGUUGUUGAAUUAAUCUAAUGAAACUACCCUAUCCUUGCUUUGCAAUUUUCCUUCAGAGGAAUCGCCAAAUGAAGGGAAAAGAUCCUCCUGGGGCGGACUUCCUAAGCCUUCUUUUUUCGUUGGAAGCGAACCUCCAGUUGGCCUUCCAGGCAUUGAUCAAGGGACAGAAAUCCAGCAAGGAACGCCACCUUUUUUUUUCUCUCUCUUUGAUACAAGCACGAACACUCCUUUUUAUUCAGCCUACAAAGUUUUACCCUGGCAGGCAAAGAGCCUUGGCAAGUAUAAGAGACGCAAAAAUACACAUUGGAGGAUUCCUCUAGGUACGUAAAUGGUUAUUUGACAAUUAUUUAUUACAAGACCGAUUGGAGGACAAUCAAUACAUGAAGCAAAUACAGAGGCUUGGAGUGUACCUUGCGUUACUUGAAAACUCACAACGUCACCGAAGAAGUGGGGAAAGCUAUCAUAUUGCUUCUUCCUAAUUUUUUUCCGCAAAACAACGCCUGUUUUGCAAGGAAUCUUUAUGUUUUCAAGAGAAAUGAAAGUGCAGUCAGAAGGCUUCAUACUCUCUUAAUUUCAGAAAAAGCGACACGAUUCCCUGGAAUAUUCAAAGAUCACUUUCAGUCUGUAAAUAAUAAUUUGAUCAUCGUGGGAAAGACGAAAUAUCACCACUAUCGUCAUCGUAUUCAGAAGAACAUGAUUUGAUAAUUUAAAUGUGAGAAGUUAUCCGUAUUCAUCGAAGAAUGUGACUCAUUGUUAUAGGUGUUUCUAGUCUCAACAAAGCUUAUAAACAAGCCAACGUAGAAGCCCGAAGCAAGUAUAAGAAUCAACUUACCAGAGGCCAUAUGAAUCCUUCCGCUAUCAACUCCUUUAACACAAAUUUCAUGAAGGCUACUUUCACUCUUACGAAUGCUGUACCUCAGUUUGAGGCAUCAAACAGCGGACCUUGGCAAGAGUUUGAGAGAAAGAUAAGAAAUUAUGCCAAAACUACCUGUGGGAGUCAAACCCGCCAAGGAACCCUUUACCUUCUGACAGGUAGAUCCGAAAAUGGCCUCAAGGGCGUAACGAAGCCGUUCAUUACCAAUACAUUUAAAGUAGCAACUAAAACAUUACGCCUUGAUACUCCUCGAGCUGUUUGGACGGCGGGAUGUUGUGUGUGGAUGGAGACCGGAAAGCCAAAAGCAGAGUCCUUUGCAGUGAUGAGCAACAAUCAUUAUAACAAAACCAAGUUACACCAGACACAAAUGAAUGUAACUGCCCUGGAGAAAUACUUGAGGGCAGCAACGAACGUAAAUUUGUUUCCAGGAAAUCCAGAUUGUGCUCAAAACUACCAUCCCCUACCAUGAUAAAUCGUCCAGAAAUAAUUAAAAAAGAGAACAGGCUUUAACAUUCUAAAGAAACUCUUCUAGAAACCAUCAAAACAAAACCAAAAAAAACAUUCCUUUCAUUAUAGAACCCAGUAAAAUAUGCAUGUAAAACCCUAAUUUAAGACGGAAAAUAAAUGGAGG